AUGUCUAAGUUAAGUGAGAAUAUAAAGAAAUUUCUUAGAGAACUUGAUCAAUUUGGAGUUGUAUUCAAACCAAGUAUAACAUCAGAUAGUGAAUAUAAAACAGUUUUAGGUGGAAUAUUAUCUAUUCUGCUUUAUGGAGUAAGUUUAGGAUAUUUCAUUUACUAAUUUGUUAUUUGGAAAGAAGGUGGCAUGUUACCAAAAAUCACAGUGUCAAGUGAAGUAAUAGAGACUUAAUAAAUUUAUUUUGAUGAACCUUUAUUUUCAAUCAGAAUGAGAAAGAUGAAUGAUACAAAUAUUGAUCCAUUCAAUCCUUAGAAUAUAAUUAUGUUACCAUUAAUAUUCUAAUAUAUAAAUGGACAAUUAAGUACUACUCCCAGUAUUCCAAUAAUAAAUAAAACAAAUAAUGAUAAUGAGUUUGUAACAAUAUAUUUCAACAAUAUUACAUUAGCCAUUAGUAAAGAUAAAACAAUUGAAUUACCAGAAUUGGAAUAUAUGAUUUUAUUGAUUGAUUGUGUUCCUCAAUUAUUAGCAAAUAAUACAGAAAUGAAAUGUGCCAAUUCAACAACAAGAAAAAGCUUUUUUAAUUAAUCUGUUAAUACACUAUACUUUACGACUUUUGUAAAAUAAUUUAAUGCUCAAUAAGAAAAAAUUAAUACAUUUGGAAAUGAAGUAAUUGUUGCAUUAGAUCCAAGUUCUGUAUAUUUUUCAACAAGUACUUUGUAAUUAUAGGAGACUACUAUAGACAAUGGAUUAUUGUUUGAAAACACUUAUUAGAGAAACUUUAUAUUAGAUAUAUCAACAGCUGGUUAAUAAGUAAAUAGUAAAUUUUUUUCAAGUGUAAUAAACUCUACUACUUAUUUUAUCAACAAUUAUUAAUUAAAUGGAAUCAAAUCAAUUUAAUAUAUUUAAUACCCAAAAAUUAAUGAAGUCUUGGCUGAUACAGGAUCUAUAGUUUCUAUUUUACUUUUGACUUCAGCAUUUGUAAUUAUGACUAAUCAAUAUUUUUUGGAAAGUGAAGCCAUUUCUUAAGUUAUAAAUAUGUUUUAUCCAAAUCUUAAAUAUUUAAAAUAUAAAAAGAAUUGGUAUGGCAAAAUUAUCAGAAUUGAAUUGUUAGGUAGAAAUCUAAAUAUCAAUAAAUUCAAUGUUUAAUAUGGGAAACUUAAAGAAGUAGCUUAAACAAAAUUAACAAUAACAAAUUAAAUAUAUGAAAUAUCAAGGAUUUAAUUUAUUUUACAAUCUAUGAUAGAUAGAUCUAAUCUUAAUUAUUCUCAUAUGAUUGGAAUCAAAGAAAACAAUUUCAUUGAGAAUACAAAAGAAGAGAAUGAAUUUGAUAAUCAAGAAGGUGAGAUCUUUAAGGAUUCAAAAGUGGUAAAAAUUAAGAUUUAUUUUAGAUUCCAUCCAAUGAUAGUAAACUUGAAAUAUAAUAGAAUUAAUAGAUAUAACAAACAAUGUUCCCAGAUCAAUCUAGUAAUACAAUUCUACCUAAUGAAACAUAAAAACUUGAAAUAUUUUAAUAGCUUAAAUCAGAAAAUUAAACUUCCAAUAAUGAUAAAUAGUUUAAUUCAAAAGAGCUAAUUGAUUAAGAUUUUGAGUUGCUUAUUUGUAAGAAAGAUAGAACUGAAGCUUAAAUAUUGCCUUAGUUCUUUGAUAUCAAUAAAGUCACAUGA